AUGUACACAAAUGAACAGAACAACGAAAGUCUUUUCUUUGGCUUUUUGGGAAUAGGGGUGGGAGUGGGAAGUUCUCCACCGCCUCUGAGUCCGUCUGGUCGCACCAACGACGAUGAUGCUAUAGUCAACAUUAUACAUUCAGCGGAGGAGUUUGUGUAUAUAUCAGUGAUGGACUACGCUCCAGCCUUGGAAUUCACGCCAAAAUUAAAAUAUUGGGGUAAGAUAGACGAAGCGAUACGUGUGGCGGCGUUGGAACGUACAGUGAGGGUCCGAUUGCUGAUCAGCUGGUGGAAGCACUCCUCGCCGGCUGAAGAGCAUUACCUGCGCUCGCUGGCUGCACUGGACCACGCGUUACCUCGGGUCGAUAUACAAGUGCGCCGCUUCAUAGUACCGUCGACUCCAGAUCAAGACAGAAUCCCCUUUGCCAGAGUGAACCAUAACAAAUAUAUGGUGACAGACAAAACUGCGUACAUCGGGACGUCUAACUGGUCCGGAGACUAUUUCUUAGACACGGCGGGUGUAGCAUUCGUCUAUCGCCCCGAUACAGAUGAAGUUAAGGAUGCGUCCAGAAAUAUAUCCCGGGAUAUAAGGCGGGACCUACAAGACGUGUUCGAAAGGGACUGGACGUCACCAUACGCGGUACCGUUGAGAAGGUUAUAG